CACCAGCCAAUCAACUUCAACAAGCCGGACAAAACGAGGAAUACCUUCAAAAUCAUUCAACGGUCGCAUGACACGCGCAUUGACAAUUCAUUUUCUUCAUCCUACUACAGCCAAUUGCAUACAAAAAUUGGAACUUUUCUGUAACAUAGGACUCUGUUACGUAUAAAGUGCAUAUAUAUCAGCACCCACAUCCAUCCUUUCACCGCAAGCAACUGUGGAAUUAGGAUUCAGAAAAAGAAAACAUGGAAGGCCACCGCAAGAUCGAGCUCCAAGCUCCGGACGACCUCGCGUACCUGCUAGCCAAUGUGCGACGCGCCGCCGCAGCGCGCCUUGACGAGGCUUUCCCGCCCGUGGACGGGGCGAGCGCCGGCGGAGAGGGCGAUGAGUUACGGACGAGGAUCGAGGAACUGGUGAAUGAGUACAUAACCAAAACCUUCAAACUCGCCUCCCCCAACCUCAGCAUCAACGGCAUGCCCGUAAACGCGGAGCACUUCCUAUCCGGCGACCCAUCCUCCGCCGCAGCCCUGCAGCCAGAAGAAGUAUUCGAGCCCUUCGACGCCCGCAAGCGCGCACGCGUCGAGGAGCUGAGCCGCGAAGAAGAAGACCUGCUGCGGGACAUCGCGGCGCUGAAGAAAUCCGUCCCGGGCGCCGCGGCGCAGGCCUGGGCCGAAGCGGCGCGGAAGUCCGUCGUCGACGACGAGCAGGCUUUGGCUGUUGUUAACGAACGCGCUUCUAACCCUACCUCCUCCACCGACGAGAAUAAUAAUAGCAAUGAUAGUGGUGGCAACAGUAAGUUAUUCGAAGACCUCCGCAAACCACUCGAUCGCCAGGACGAGAUCGAAGGUAACUACGAGGACGCGGUGGCGGGGCUGGGCAAGCUGAAGCGCGAGAUGCCGUCGGUGGUGGCUAAGAUGGAGAGGGCGAGGAGCGCGGGGGAGUACGUCGUCACGGAGCGGUGAGGCAGUGGGGCGUUUGCGUCUGUGCGUACGUGAGAGAGACUGGGAAAAAGGGGGAGGGGGGAGAUGGACAGGGGGUGUUCAUACAUAUGUACAUACAUAAAGAAAGGUGGUAGGUUGGAAGAUACACGUGCCUGUCCAGUUGGCGACGAUCUAGCGUUUGAGGCCAGGAGUUGCGACUGCGAAGAGGCGGUGGCUCGGCAUUGUCGUGUACCUUUUUCAGGGGCUGGUUGCGGUGAUGGUUCAUGGGAAAUUACCUAUUGACUCCAUAGCAUUUGUAGAUUUAUCGGUUAACGGCUACGUCUAGUACGCGGAAUGAUCUAGAUUUUAUAAAUGAAUAGUACCUCGAGUUUGAAUAGC